UAUAUAAUAUGAUAUGCAUGAGCACACAAUACUUGAAAAACUUCAACCUUCUUUAAUUACUCUAAACAUGAUAUCACAAAAAAUGAUGGAGAUUAACAGAUUCAUCAAACUAUUGAGUGUGCUGAUGUUUGCACUUUCACUGUGCAUGAAGCUUACUUCAGUAUCUGCUACUGAAGUUAGGUGCAUAGAGAGGGAAAGACAAACCCUUCUCAAGUUUAAGCAUGACUUUGUUGAUGAGUACGGCCUUCUCUCAUCCUGGGGAAGUGAAGAAGUUCAAAAAGAAUGUUGCAAAUGGGAGGGCGUCUUGUGUAGCAACAGAACUGGUCAUGUAAUUUUUCUUCAUCUGGAUGCAUCUCUGCCGUUUGGUCGUCUUCAUUUGAAGGCUAAGCUGAGCCCCUCGCUGCUUGAGUUGCAAUAUUUGAAUUAUUUGGACCUGAGUCAUAUUGACUUUGGAGGAAGUGAAAUACCAAAAUUCUUUGGUUCCUUCAUGAAAUUAAGGUACUUGAGACUUAUAGACUCAAAUUUGACGGGUGAAGUUCCUUGUGAACUUGGGAACCUUAGAAACCUGCAUACUCUUAAUCUUGGUUAUAACGAUUUGAGAAUCAAUAACCUUGAGUGUCUUUCUCAUCUUUCCUCGUUAUCAUAUCUUGGCUUGACUGGUGUUAACUUUGUUAAUCAAACCAGCUGGUUGCACUACAUAACAAGGUUCCCUUUUCUUAAGGAACUGGACUUGAGAGACUGUCAACUUCCCUCCACUGUUUCUUCCUUUGAUAUCUUUACUAAUUCCUCUUUAUCCUAUCUCUCUAUCCUCGAUCUAUCCAGCAAUGAUCUCACUUCCUCUUUCACAUUCCACUGGUUGUUUAACAUUAGUGCAAGUCUUACAAAAAUAGACCUUUCCUACAAUCAAUUAGAGGGUCCUAUUCCUGAUGGCUUUGGGGAAUUGAUUUUUCUUGAGGAGCUUGCGUUGAAGAACAACAAGUUCCACGGUGGGAUUCCAAAGUCUUUUGGGAAUUUAAGUCAUUUAUAUUCAUUAGAUAUAUCGUACAAUGAAUUAAAUGGUCCUUUGCCAGAUAACAAGAAGUUGAAUGAAUUUCACCCACGAGGCCUUGGGCUACCUUCAAGUCUUCAACGAUUAGACUUAUCUUCCAAUAAAUUUAAAAGGCUGCCUGAAGGUAUUGAGAAACUAUCCGAGCUCAGAGUUUUAGUGAUGGCUUCAAAUUUGUUGGAUGAUACAAUCACCGAAUCGUACCUCUCAAACCUUUCCAACUUAACUUUCCUCGAUUUAUCCUUUAAUUCUUUGGUUUUCAACUUGAGCUCAGAUUGGAUUCCUCCUUUUCAAAUGCAAGAAAUGCAGCUGAGCCGUAACCAUCUGGGGCCUCAUUUUCCAAAUUGGAUUCGAACGCAGAAUUCUCUUGGACAGCUUGAUAUCUCCUUUGCUGGUAUAUCGGAUGUAUUACCUGAUUGGCUGUGGAAUAUGCCUUCUUUAAAAUACUUAGUUCUUUCUCAUAACAAUAUUCGGGGUCAAAUUCCUAAUUUGCCCUCAAACUUGGUUCCACUUGGAACUGUAGAUUUAAGUUAUAAUAACCUUUCAGGUCCCAUUCCAUUAUUUCUUUUUCACUAUAGAAAUUUACAGCUUUCCAAUAACAUGUUUUCGGGAUCCAUUCUUCACUUAUGCACAAUUCCCAAGGGCAUAUCCAUGCUUGAUCUCUCGUAUAACCAAUUGGCAGGAGAGCUUCCUAAUUGCUGGAUGAACAUAAGUGAUCAUUUAAUCAUUCUGGAUUUGGCAAAUAAUAAUUUCGCAGGUAAAAUUCCCCUCACUUUGGGCACUUUGGAUCAGCUCCUGGUAUUACACUUGCGCAAGAAUAAUUUCGUUGGUGAAUUGCCUUCAACUAUGAGGAAUUUCUCGAGGCUGAUAAUGCUUGAUGUGGGAGAUAACAAGUUAACAGGUAAUGUUCCAGCAUGGAUAGGAACACACUUGACAAGUUUGAAAUUUCUUAUCCUUCGGUUUAAUGAAUUUGAUGGAAUCAUGCCUUCAACAAUUUGCCACCUUAACAAUAUUCAUCUCUUGGACCUUGCUAGAAACAAUAUUUCAGGAAGAAUAUCACGAUGUUUAAACAAUUUUACAGAUUUGGUUCAGAAGAACAGUUCAUCAAUUAAAGACACUGGUUCUUUGGAAUUUAAUUUCUUUUACGCACCUGAUGAUUUUUAUCUUGACAAUACUUUUGUUCAAUGGAAAGGGCAAGAUUUAGAAUUCCGAAAACUUCUACGACAUUUGAAAGGCAUUGAUCUAUCUAGUAAUAAGUUAGUGGGAACCAUUCCUCAAGAGUUUGCUGCUUUAAAAGGUUUAGUUUUCUUGAACUUAUCUAGAAAUCAUUUGACGGGAAAUAUUAUUUCAAACAUCGGUAAAAUGGAGACGUUGGAAUGGCUCGACUUGUCUAGAAACCAACUUUCAGGGGAGAUACCAAACAGCCUUGCAGAUCUAAAUUUUCUCGGCGUUCUAAACUUAUCAUACAAUAAUUUGAGGGGAAAGAUUCCUUCAGGCACUCAACUACAAAGUUUCAACUCCUCUGUGUAUGCUGGGAAUAUCCAACUCUGUGGGAAGCCUCUGGCAGAGUGUCCAGGAGAUAUUUCUAACGGUUCUACUACUGAUCAAGAAGAGGGGAAUAGUUUUGAAGAAGAUGAUGGGUUUAUAACGCUUGGUUUUUACAUCUGCAUGGCAUUUGGUUUCAUUAUUGGAUUCUGGACAGUUAUUACAACUCUAGUCCUCAAGCAUUCAUGGAGACAUUCCUACUUCAACUGGUGGAACAAUGUUGGGAACUGGAUGUACGUGACAACAACAGUCUAUUUGAGAAGAUUGAAGAGAAAAUUUCUGGCGUGAAGGAGCCCCUUUUGGAAGAAAAGAAAGUGUCGACUAUCAUUCGAACAAGUUGCUAGCUGGAGAGGUGCUGGGACUACGGAUGGCAAUGUUUCUGCUCUAGUUUUUAAGUAUUUGUAAAAUAAUAUCAGUUUGCGAGUUCUCAAAUCUAUACAAAAAACUAGCUUUGUUGUGCUAACCAUGCAGGUAAAAAUGAAUUUAAUGUCUGUCAAGUAUAUGGCUUGAUUUAUUA